AUGCUCAGCCUCAGCACCAGCAGCAAGAUCUUCGCUCUGUGCGUCGCCGCCACCGCCGUGUCGACCGGUGUUCACGCCGAGACACAGGUGGCCCAGACCUUGGGUUUGCUCGGACUCCCCGGCGUCGGCUAUGGCGCGCCCGGCUACGGCUACGGCUACGGCGCGGGCCCCGCCGUCAGUGUCGGUGUGCCUGGCCUCGCGAGUGUCGGCGUCGGUGUGGGCAACGGCGGUGUUGGUGUCGGUGCCAACGUGCUGGGCCUCGGAGCGCACGUUGGUGUGGGCUUGCCCGGUGUCGGCUAUCCUGCGGGCUAUCCUGGGGGCUAUCCUGUGAACAGCCCCGCCUACAACAACGCUCCCCCGCCUGUUGUCAACAGCGCCCCCGCCUACAACAACGCUCCCGCUACUGUUGUGAACAGCGCCCCUGCUACGACGGCUACGACUAGUGGCGCCAAUGGCGCGUCCACGGCGAACGCGAACGCCAAUGCCAAUGCGAACGGCGGCAACAACCCCUUCUCGACCAAGACGGUCUCCGUCGCGAACGGAGACGGCACGUCGAACACGGCGUCCGUGUCGAACGGAAAUGGCGCCGCUGCGAAUGGUGGCGCGUCGGCGAGUGCUACGGCCAGCGCCAGAGCGAGUGCGUCUGCUCGGGCCACGGCUGGAGCGAGCGCCACGUCGGCGCAGAAGACGUACCGCCAGCUCCGCUCGGAGGAAUGA